AUGCAAAAUUUAUCUCCAUCACCAUUAUCCGAAACAACACGUAUUGAAGUAAAUGUAUCAGAAUUUGCUCGUGGUGAAGUUGCUGUUAAACUUCGACAUGAUAAUACAUUACUUGUGCAUGCUUUGCAUCUUGAUCAAUUUGCUGCAGAUAAUUUUUUUCGUAAAGAAUUAGUUAAAACAUUUCCUAUUCCACCCGGUGCCGAUAUUGAUAAAAUUCGUUCGAUUAUACGAAAUAAUGGUACAUUAACAAUUGAUAUACCUAUGUUAAGAGAUAAUGAUGCAACACGACGUUCACAUGAAGAAUUAUUACGCAUAAUCGAUCAACCAAAAACUCCGCGUAAAAAUGGUUAUGAUCGUUCAGCUUCACAAAGUUAUAUACCAAGAUUAGGACCAACAACAGUACCAAAACGUGCUGGUAGUCUUAUGGGUAUGGAUUCUCGUCAAUAUUCAUCAUCAUUUAAUAUUGCAGAUUUUAUACAAUCGAAAUUUCAUCCAAUGUUUACAGCCAAUGGUCAAAAAUUAACAUUAAAAGUUGAUACACGUGGAUAUGAAUUAAAUGAAUUAACAGUACGUUUACUUGAUGAUAAUUUAUUAGUACAAGGAAGAAAAAAGACUUCAUCAACUAAACAACAUAAUAAUAGACAACUCAAUGAAAGUAUUCGUUUACCUGAUGGUAUUGAUCGAUAUAGAGUUACAUCACAAGUUAUGGAUGAUGGAAUGCUUCUUAUUGAAAUACCUUUAAUAAAUUCAUCAAUGUAUCGAUAA